UAAUAAAUGGGUUGAAAUAACUUGAUUGUUAUUGAAAGCAAAAACAGAAAUAUUUUCCAUUUCAAUAAAACAUCCAGCUAAGUAAGGUGGAGAAAAAUAAAUGUAACGUAUCUUUGAAUACAGAAACAAAAACGAAGUUUCGAUAUUUGAAUUUUAAAACAAAGGAUGAGUAAAUGCAACUUGCUUAAUCUUGGUUUAAUACAGAUACAGAAACAACUAAGAGUGGACCUGUGUUUCCUAACAAAUAGUAUAUGACAUGUACAUAUUAGUAAUGUUUUAAAUAUAAAGAAAGUAUAAAUCGAAACCGACGACAGAAAGUUAAGAAAAUAAUACCAAAUAAAGAGAUUAAUUGAUAAUCUAUAAGUAGAGAGAAAAGGAAAUAUUGAAUUGUAAGGAUUCAAAUGGGAAAGAAGAAAAGUGAUGGAGGCAUAAAUCUUGAGGAUGAUAUAUUAAGAAUCAAUGACAUAAGGCAAAAAAUAGUGUCAAUAAGCCGUUUCCUUGAAUGUUACUUUCUAAACUUGGGAUUCUAUACCAUAAUUGUGAAGAUUUUUUAGACAUUAAUGAUUAGCCCUAUUGAACAAUAAAUACAAGCACUCUUGAUCCUGUCUGAUCUCAUAUUCACUCACAAACCCAAAAAAAAAAACACUUGUGUUCCUUUGACCAUGGAACUCAACCUCUCUACACCCACAUCAUGUUCCUCCAGCAGCAUCUCAUCAUCCUCGCAUGAGGUCAUCCCCAGGACCAAGGGUAAAUUGAAAGAGAAGGUUACGGCUGAGCCAUCGAAGGAGACUCCGCGGCUAGAGUUCCGUUUCCUGUUCAACGAGAGUACAAGAAGCCACCCCGGUUUUUUGGACGAGGCAGAAGGGACGAGAAAUGAGGCUAAAGCGAGGGUGUUUGCUUGCACCUUCUGCAAAAAAGAGUUCUCUACGUCUCAAGCCUUAGGAGGACAUCAGAACGCUCACAAGCAAGAGCGAUCACUGGCUAAAAGGCGUAAAGAGAUCGAACUCAACUAUCCUGGACUCUCCUUCUACAGCCAGUAUCCGCCAAGUGGAGUUUCCUACAGCAGCAGUUCCUCCCAGUAUGAUCUCGGGGUUCGUUACAAUCCUAACAUUGCUAAAACUAAGCCCUAUCCGUUCAACAUCUUCACAUGUCGACUCGGAUACAGAGGCCUUAAUAUCCCUCUGCUGUCUCACCUCUCGGUUCCAAAGACGGACGAUUUGUCCAAAAACUUGAUUUCAAAUCUAGAGGGCAGCAUUCAGGACCAAGCCGAGAAAAAAGAUCAACCCGACACUGAUCCUUCCAAGGAUUCUGACAUAGACUUGUCCCUGAAGCUAUAGAUUGCAAGUUUUUAGGAGGGUUAUAUUUUAUUAGUUGUUCCUUGAUUCUGCAUUUCUUUCUUACAUUGUGUUUUUAAAUCGUAAUGUUUAAUCUUCUAUAAUUUUUCAGAAAAAAAAAAAAA